GGUACUGAAUAUCUGGUGUUUGAUGUCUUCAACUUAAACAUUUAUUGCAGAGUAUUUGUUAGAGAUGGAAUGACUUUGAAAAGGGUUUUCAAUUAUGUCAAGUUGGGAACAUCACGGCUUACACAUCAGUUGAAGAGCGAGGUAAUAUGACUCAAAUACAUGACAGUCUACAUAUUGAGAAAGGGGAAACCCUAUCUCUUAGUGAGAGUUACAAUGAGCACAUUCGUCCACUGCUGGACACAGUUGACACUCUACGUCGUCUGGGAGUAAUGAAAGAAGGUAUUAAUCUUCCAAGCAUUGUUGUUGUUGGAGACCAGUCAUCUGGAAAGUCGAGUGUGCUGGAAUCUCUCAUGGGUAUUAGCUUGCCAAAAGGUCAGGGAAUUUGUACUAGAGUUCCUGUAGUUAUCAGAAUGCAGAACUGCAAACCAGAGGAAUGCCUAACCAUUAUUGAAUACAAUGGAAAGAAACAGUUCAUUGCAGAAUCGAGUAUAACAAAAACACUCAAUUCAAUCACAGAGGAGAUUUCAGGAACAGAAAAGGGUAUUGGUGACACUCCUAUAAUACUCACUGUAUGCAAGCCCAAUGCUCCAGAACUCACAAUGGUUGAUUUACCUGGUAUAACAAGGGUGCCUGUGCAUGGGCAGCCACAAGAUAUCUACGAGCAAAUUUCACGUAUCAUAAUGCAAUAUAUAGCUCCCAAGGAGAGCAUAAUACUGAAUGUGUUAUCUGCGGCUGUGGACUUCUCCACAUGUGAGUCAAUUAGAAUGUCCCAACAAGUAGAUAAAAAGGGGGAAAGAACACUGGCUGUUGUCACUAAGGUUGACAAAGCCCCUGAGGGUGUACUAGAGAAAGUCACAGAUAAUGCUGUAAAUAUAGGUCUUGGGUAUGUGUGUGUGAGAAACAUGGUUGGGAAUGAAACUAAUUCUCAGGCAAGGGAAAUGGAGAGUAAACUGUUCACAAGAGAUCCUGACCUUUCUAAAAUUGACAAGACUAUGGUUGGAAUACCUGUAUUGGCUGAAAAGCUUAUGCAGAUUCAAGUAAUGGGUAUCAGUAAAUGCUUGCCAGAAAUAGUAAAAAACAUUGAUGCUACACUUUUGAAGAGGCAGUCAGAACUGAAUGCUUUGCCUCACAAUGUGUCUAACUCUGCAGAAGCUGUUGUACAGGGGGAUAUUGAGCUGUUUCCUGAUGAACCCGAGAUGCACUGUAUUGCCUUCCUACACAGGAUGUUUGAGAGCUAUCUGUGUGAUCUAUCAAGUGCAAUUGAAGAAGCCCCGGAUGAAUUUCUGGUUGAAGAAGUAAAAUUACUGGAUAAAGCCCAAGGCAUUAGUUUUCCAAACUUUGUACCCCAUUCUGUUUUAGUCAGUCUUAUACAAAGCCGUAUUGAGUCUGUUUCAGAGAGGAGCAGGGAUAUAGCCACAAAGGCUUGCGAGUAUAUAGACAAGGUUGUAUGCCGUGUUAUUGACAUCCAAACACAAUGCUAUCCCCGCCUUCAUUCAGCUUCACGCAGAGCUUUCCAAGCUCUUAUUGAUAGGAAAAAGGAGGAAUGCAUCCGGUUUGUGGUAGAUACCCUUGACAUGCAGAAGACCAUUUUUUUUACCAUGAAUCCUGGUUAUUUGGAGUCCCGGCAAAACUGGCAAGGAUGGAAGAAAAUGUUUAUGGAAGCGAUAAAACAGAAUCACAAGACUGUUAAACUUAAAGGAAUUGGUGAAAUAAUUCUACAAAAUGUGCCAAAAGGUAGUAAUCAGCUGGAAGCAGCAUUUGAGAUGAAGAUGAGUGUCAUGGCAUAUUGGAAUGUGGUAAAGAUGAGGCUUGCUGAUGAGAUUCCUCUCCGUCUUCGCUUUAUUUUUCGUAAAAUGGUUCAAAAUGAUAUUGUGAACUUAAUUGUUGAGGAAGUGGUAGGGACUGGAGAGUCAGCAAAGAUGGGUGCUAUUCUUGAAGAGAGCCCAAAAACAGUCACUAAGCGGAGGAACCUCCUCAAGAGUGUUUGUAUGUUGAGAGAAUCAAAGUCUACACUUUCAAAAAUCAUCGUGCAACGUGACAUUGCCGCUGUGGGAAAUCAACCUUCUGAAGAUCCUUCUGCAUCCAAAUUUACUGACACUUCCAGUACCGUGGAAAAUCAACCUUGUGAAGAUCCUUCUGCAUCUAAAUUCACCGACACUGCCAGUACUGUGGAAGUUCAACCUUCUGAAGAACUUCCUGCAUCUAGAUUUACCUGGACCAUUAAUAAUUUUUCGAGGUUAAACGUGAAGACACACUACUCUGACAUUUUUACCAUCGGAGGAUUCAAAUGGCGGCUGCUAAUUUAUCCGAAAGGAAACAAUGUAGACCAGCUAUCUGUGUAUUUGGGUGUGGCUGAUGCUGAUACGUUACCUAAUGGUUGGAGCAGACGAGCAAAAUUUAUUCUGGCUGUCAUCAAUCAGAUUAACUCGAAAUUUUCUAUACGAAAAGAGACACAGCACGAUUUCAAUUCUCAAGAGACGGACUGGGGUUUCAAAUCGUUCAUUGCCCUAAGAGAAACUCAUGAUCCUUCAAUGGGCUAUCUGGUUAAUGAUACUCUUAUUGUAGAAGCAGAUGUCGUCGUUCAAAACAUUGAUGGCUGUUGACAAUGAGAGUCAAAGGAGGAAGCCGGGUUUGUUGGACAAAAUCAUGAAUCAUGGAAUUGAAUAUGCUAUAUACAUAAAUUCACCUAUUUAAGAAUGCCACUGUUCUUUCUGUCAGUUUUGUAGUAUACUAUUAAAAUCAGAAGUUGACAAAGUUAUUUAGUAGUCAUGGCUAUUGAAAGACUGGACCAUGGUGUGGGCAAUAUGGAAGUGCUGAAGCAAAUCGCCUAAUGGCAAAGUAUUUUGAAAUUGAGUGUGCCAAUUUGUCUUGUUAUCCAAACGACCUUUAAUUUAGACUCGAAAUAUAUUUUUUUUUCGGAAAUUCACAAACAAGAAAAAGAAGUGUACAAUAUUGUAAAUUUAAAUGCAAUACAAUAUAUUUGAUUCGAUAUGCUCAA